AGAUGAAGAAAUCAACAGAGUCCAUGGCUGCCCCAGACAGGAGGGUGGUCUCCAGUCCCCAGAGUCCUGGCCAGGGGCUUCAGAGGAACACGGCCCCCUUGGGUCCCCUGGACGACCAGGAGCGGGAGGAGGCUGAGGAGCGGAAGUCCGGCCAGCGGGCCAUGCUGAGGAAGGCACAGGAAUUCUUCCAGACCUGCGACACUGAGGGCAAAGGCUUCAUUGCCAGGCGGGACCUGCAGAGGCUUCACAAGGAGCUGCCCCUGAGCCUGGAGGAUUUGGAGGAUGUGUUCGAUGCCCUGGACACUGACGGCAAUGGCUUUCUGACCCUAGAGGAAUUCACUACUGGAUUUAGUCACUUCUUCUUCAGCCAGAAUAACCCAAAUCAGAAGGAGGAUGCAGCUGACCAGGUGGCCCGGCUCCGAGAGGAGAAGGUGUUCCAGUGCAGAGGGGAUGAGGAUCUGGGAGACAUGGACCAAGAUGAGGAAGUGCAGUUCCAGAUGCUGAUAGAUAAACUUGGGGCCCAGAAGGCUUUAGAAGACGAAAGCGACAUCAAGCAACUUUGGCUACAGCUGAAGAAGGACGAACCCCACUUACUGUCAAACUUUGAAGAUUUCCUGACUAGAAUCUUCUCCCAGCUCCAAGAAGCCCAUGAGGAGAAGAACGAGCUGGAGUGCGCCCUUAAAAAGAAAAUUGCUGCUUAUGAUGAAGAAAUCCAGCAUCUCUACGAGGAGAUGGAACAGCAAAUCAAGAGUGAGAGGGAGCAGUUUCUCCUGAAAGACACAGAGAGGUUCGAGGCUCGCAGUCAGGAGCUGGAAAAGAAGCUGUUGGCUAAGGAGCAAGAGCUGGAGCAACUCAACCAGAAGCAGAAAAGGCUGGAAGGCCAGUGCACAGCUCUGCAUAAUGAUAAGCAUGAAACCAAGGCUGAGAACACCAAGCUGAAACUCACCAACCAGGAGCUGGCCCAGGAGCUGGAGCGGACAGCCCGGGAGCUCCAGGAUGCUCAGCAGCAGCUGGAAAGCCUCCAGCAAGAGGCCUGCAAACUGCACCAGGAGAAGGAGAUGGAAGUGUACCGCGUGACAGAGAGCCUGCAGCGUGAGAAGUCUGGCCUCCUGAAGCAGCUGGACUUCCUGAGGGAAAGGAACAAACACCUCCGGGAUGAACGGGACAUAAGUUUUCAGAAAGAUAAGGCAGCCAAGGCAAACACAGCUGCUUCCAAGGCAAGCUGGAAGCAGAGAUCUGGCUCUGUGAUCGGCAAAUAUGUGGACGGCAGAGGAAUUCUUAGGAGCCAGUCAGAGGAGGAGGAGGAUGUGUUUGGUGUCUCAAGAAGGCGAAGCUCUCUGGGCCUGAGUGGAUACCCCCUUACAGAAGAGGAGCCAGGAACUGGGGAGCCGGGGACUGGGGGGCCACCCUGCAGGGCCCUCCGCAGAAUCAUCUCCAUUGAGGAAGACCCCCUGCCCCAGCUCCUGGAUGGUGGCUGUGAGCGGCCACUGAGCAAGUGCCCAGAAGAGGAGGAGGAGGAGGUAUCUGACCAAAGGACAGAAGGGCAAGCCCAGGGGACCCCAAACUUGGGACUCAGCCCCACAUCUCCCCGAGGGCAGCCUGUUGGAAAAGAAGCCCUCUAUAAGGAGGAGAGCUCUCUCUCUGCUCCAGACCGGCUCUUUAAGAUUGUGCUCGUGGGCAACUCUGCAGUGGGGAAGACGUCCUUCCUGCAGAGGUUCUGUGAGCACCACUUCUCCUCAGGCAUGGCGGCCACUGUGGGCAUCGAUUACCGCGUGAAGACGGUGACUGUGGAUGGCUCACGGGUGGCCCUGCAGCUGUGGGACACAGCUGGGCAGGAGAGGUAUCGCUGUGUCACCCAGCAGUUCUUCAGAAAGGCCGAUGGCGUCGUCAUCAUGUAUGAUCUCACAGCCAAGCAGUCCUUCCUGUCGGUUCGGCAAUGGCUGAACAGUGUGGAGGAAGCUGUGGGAGACCGUGUUCCCGUUCUUCUGUUGGCCAAUAAACUUGACAAUGAGAAGGAGCGGGAAGUUCCCCGGGGCCACGGAGAGCAGCUUGCCAAGGAGCACAAUCUGAUCUUCUACGAAUGCAGUGCCUAUUCUGGUCACAACACCAAAGAGUCCCUGCUUCAUCUGGCCAGGUUCCUCAAGGAGCAAGAAGACACAGUGAGAGAGGACAUCAUUCAGAUUGGCCCCCCUGUCAAGAAGAAAUCCUGCUGUGGCUGACAGGAGGCCUUCGGGGACUGGUCCAAGGUCACAGAGCUACCCCAAUCCCACACGUGGGCUCUUGUGUGGUGUCAUCUGGCAAGGGUCCCAGACCAUUGGUUGUGUGGGCGAUUUGCCUCCCCCAAGGAAAGGGAAGCAUGGGCCGUUAGCAGUGCUGCUCUUGGAACAUCUUGGAGUAUGCCCCUCCUUCUCUCCUAGACCCCAAAUGUCCAUUCCUUUGUUUUUCCCUCCAGCUUGGUUUCCUGGGGGAAAGAAACAGGUAGGCUUUUCCAGAAAAGCCACCAGCCUGCCUUCUCCACUCCCUUCUCUUCCCCUUGUCCAAUUGCACUGCAGUUGCCAUGGCAACUGUUCAGCGUCGACUGGCUGCUUCCUGCAGGCCAGGGUGGUACCAGUUGCCCAAGGCCAGGUUCUCUAGAGG